CUCUAAAUCUAAUACAAACAAAUUCAUUUUCUCCAUUUAUUCCUUUUCACUGCUAAUUUUUUUUCUCAAUUCAAAGGGAAAAAAAAAAAACAACCCACAGCCUCUCUUUUCUCAGAUUUUUUUCUGGUUCUUCUUCGUAAUCAAGCCUUAUAGCUCUGCUUCAGAGAAACUUAUUAAAGCUUCAUAAGCAAGACUGAGAAAACAAGGUGAAGAGGAAGAAUCAGAUUUUAUGCUCAAGAUGGAGAUUUGCCUUGUCUUAACGCACACUUGCUGAGCAAAAUUUGUUGGGUAAUCUAACUAAGAUGAGAAAGCAUCGUUUUAGGGAGUCUAUGGAGUCCUUCUUUGGGCAUCAUGUUGAUCCAGAAAAGGAUGAACAGCUUAAAGGAAGUAAAAUAGAAAUUGAUGACAAGGUGACAAAAAUAUUGAAGCUCAUCAAAGAUGAAGAAAAUGACUCCAAGAAGGAACCGCUUGUCCAGUUAAUUGAGGAUUUCCACAAACACUACCAAAGUCUAUAUGAACAAUAUGAUCAUCUCACAGGGGAGCUGAGGAAAAAAGUUCAUGGAAAACGAGAAAAAGAUGCCUUGUCCUCGUCAAGUUCAGAUUCAGACUCUGACUAUUCUUCGAAAGACAGAAACAGUAAAAAUGGACAAUUGGAAAGCGAAUUUCAGAAAAUAGCUGACGGCAUUAAACAAGAACUUGAGGAAGCAAAUCUGGAAAUUGCUGACCUGAAAAGGAAGCUGACAGCUACAAGUGAAGAAAAAGAUGCUUUGAAUUCAGAUUAUCUAGCCUCUUUAAGCAAGGUUCAAGAAGCAGAGGAAACCAUAGAAAAUCUGAAGCUUGAAUCUGAAAGAUCAGAGAGUGAAAAAUCAAAACUUUUGGUUGAAAAUGAAGAGCUGAGGCAUAAACUGGACGCUGCUGCAAAGGUAGAAGCUGAGGUGAAUCAAAGAUUGGAAUCUGCAGAACACCAAGUUAUGGAAUUGGGCGAAGGUCUUAAUGCUGCCGUGGAAGAGAAUAAAUCCCUUAACUCGAAACUUUCUGAGGUUUCAAAUGAGUUUCAGCAGGCACAGGGUAGAAUACAACAGCUCAUGGCUGAAUUGAGUCAGUCAAAGGAGGAACUAGUUGAGAAAGAAAGGGAACUUUUGACACUCAAAGAGUUGCAUGAUAUGCAUGGGAAUCAAUCAUCUGCUCAGAUAAAAGAAUUAGAGGCACAUGUAACAAGCUUGGAACUUGAGUUGGAAUCAUUGCAAACAACUAACAGAGAUAUGGCGGAGCAGCUAGAGAACAAAGCAAGUGAAGCAGAACAGCUGGGAGAACAAAAUAUAGGACUCCAAUCCCGCAUUUCAGAACUCGAGAUGAUGUUAGAAAAGAGAGAAGAAGAAAUUUUUAUUCUCACGAAGAAACUUGAGGAUGAUAACAGAGAAUCAUUAUCUGGAGUGGAGAACUUGACUGCUCAGGUAAAUAAUCUGCUAUCGGAGAUGGAGUCGUUGCAAGCUGAGAAGGCUCUGUUGGAAGAAAAUUUAGCAUUUAAAGGUGAUGAAUCAUCAAAUCAAGUACAGAGCUUAAUGGAUGAGGUAAACACAUUGCAGCAGCAGCUGGAAUCCCUUCAUAGCCAGAAGGCAGAACUGGAAUUGCAGCUUGAGAGAGAGAAACAAGAGUCAUCCGAAAGAUUGAAUGAAAUGGAGAACCAGAAAUCGGAGCUGAAGCAAAUGGUCGAGGACCUUCAAAGAGAUUUGGAAGCAAAAGGAGAUGAGAAAAAUGAUUUAGUGAACCAGAUUACAGAUCAUCAGAGAAUGCUUAAAGAACAAGAAGAUGCAUUUAACAAGCUAAGCGAGGAGUACAAGCAACUUGAAACUUCAUUUCAGGACUGCAAAGCACUUAUCGAAGUUACAGAAAGGAAGAUGCAAGAAAUGGCAGGAGAGCACGAUAAGAUCGUUCACUCCAAGGGUCAAACAGUAGCUGAUUUGGAGCAAAUUAUUGAAGACUUGAAACGAGACUUAGAAAUGAAAGGAGAUGAGAUAAGUACUUUUGUCGAGAACGUCCGCACAAUCGAAGUUAAGCUCCGCUUGUCAAACCAAAAACUCCGAGUCACGGAACAGUUACUAACUGAGAAAGAAGAGAGUUUCAGAAAAGCAGAAGCCAAGUUCAUGGAAGAACAAAGAAUGCUUGAAGAAAGGAUCACAAUAUUGUCUGAAAACAAUGAAGCAUAUCGCAGGAUGAUCACUGAUUUCUCGGGGAACGUGAGUAAUACCUUGACUGGAUUUGAAGCUAUCAAUCAGAAAUUCGAAGCAGGCUAUAGUAAAUACAAACACUGCGUUGAAGAAACAUCAAAAGAGCUGAGGAUUGCUAAACAUUGGGUUGGAGAAACAAAGAGCGAAAAGAAGCAGCUUAUGAAUGAAAUGACUAACAUGAUCGAGCAACUGAAAGAUCAGAAGGAAAAAGAAUCUACGUUACGGGAACAAGUUGAGAAGCUACAGAUUAAGGCCAACAAGGAAGCAAACGAGAAGGAGAAUCUGAUGAAAUCGGUGAAGCAACUGGAGAAUAAAGUUGAGUUGUUGGAGAGGGCAAUAAAAGAGAAGGAUGAAGGUAUAUUAGGCUUAGGAGAGGAGAAGAGGGAGGCCAUUAGGCAACUUUGCACGUGGAUAGAUUACCACCGGAGUCGCUGCGAUGAUCUGAAGGAAAUACUCUCGAAAAGUGGCAGAGUUCAGAGGGCAACCUAGAGUAAGUCCCUCGUAUUUUUCAUUACAUUAGUAUGUUCAUUUUGGUUCUGCAUUUAUGGAUUGUUUUUCAUUGUUUCAUUUGUUUUUUUUCUUUUUAUUCCACAAGUUGGGCUGUUGAUAAAAGCAAAUUGUCAGGGUGAUGUUCAGUCAUGUUCUCGUAGAACUUGGUUGCUUGUAAGGAUAAUAAAACUGCAGUUAUCAGAAA